AUGUCCCCCAGCUAUCAUGAAUAUAUCCAUCACGAUAUGCUUGAUAAUAUGUUCAUUAAUCUGUCAUUGGAAAAGAUUGGACUGUUCCGUCCUGUCAGCAAAGCUUGGGAGGAAAUGACGAAAAGACAGGAAUUUGUUCUUAAAAAACGUGAGAUGAGCUACCCUGCAAGUGAAAAUUACAUCCUUGUUUUCACUCAAACAAGCCAAGAAGAUCACCUGUUGCAAGACAAACUAAUUGCCACCAACAUAAAAGUGCAAAUGGAUAACCCAUGCAACAACAUACGAUUUCAAGAAGAGAUGUUGAUGGGUGACGACGGCAUCCAUAAAAUCAUGCCUAUCACCACAGAUUUGAUCUGUCUGCAAACCACUCAAAUCAAAUUCUUGAACCCAAAGACAACACAACUUGCAACAGUUGAAUGGCCAUAUGAUGUCACUCUCAGCAAUUGUAAAACAGCAUUUGGACAAACUAUCCUCUGA